AUGCCCAUCGUUUCCCUACAGGAUCUUCUUAGCACUGACGUUGAUGUCUUGGUUGUCGGGGGAGGAACUUGCGGUCUGGCGACUGCAACACGGCUUGCACAGAAUCGUCCGAACGCCGUUGUAGCUGUUAUUGAAGCUGGUGAUUAUCAUGAAAAUGAUCCUUUGGUUGAUGUACCAGGUUUGUGUACCCGGGCCAUUCACAAUCCAAAGUAUGAUUGGACGUAUUAUACGGUGCCACAAAAACAUGCGGGUAAUCGUCAAAUCCUACAGUCUCAUGGAAAAGGCCUAGGAGGCUCUUCAAUGCUCAAUUUCCUGGGGUUUGUCAGACCCUCUAAAGAGGAACUCGACGCGAUCGAACAGCUCGGCAAUGUAGGAUGGAACUGGGACUCGCUAUCCGCCGAGCGCGUUCAAACGCCGGAUGAAUCUGUUGACGGACAGCGCGUGGCGGCAUCCCCGGAUCCGAAGAACCAUGGAUACGAAGGCACUUCAUCUUAUCUCUCUGGUUUUUUUUCUGGCUCAUCAACAACAUCCGAACUAGGUCCUAUUGCAAAGUCGUAUCCUCCACACAUUACCGAAAUCCAUGCGCCCCUUCUGGAUUCUCUGGAAUGCAUGGGUGUUACCCGUAACCCAGAUAAUAGUGGGGGCCGCCCCGUGGGUGCGUUCCUGGCACCGACGUCCGUGGAUUCAAAAACGGCCACCCGCUCUUAUUCGGCAUCAGGAUAUUAUGCUCCAAACAGGCAUCUGCCUAACCUCUUGAUUCUAACAGGGACAUUGACAACAAAGGUAUCUUUACUCCAGGAACUUCAGAAGGCAACAAGCGUCGACAUUGAGAAAGACGGUGUUCAGUCUACAGUCCACGUGAAGAAAGAAAUAUUAUUGUCUGCAGGUACCUUGCACACACCGCAACUUCUUGAGCUCUCUGGUGUUGGAAGCCCGAAGAUACUUGCCCCGCUUGGAAUCAAUGCCAUCAUCGAUCUUCCUGGUGUUGGUGAAAAUCUUCGUGAUCACGCUUUGGCUCCGACAGUGGUCGAGGUCGAUCAGUCGUUCAAGACCUUUGAAAUCUUCGGCGACCCGGAACAGCUAGCCGAUCAGCAAAAACUCUAUGCCGAGCGUAAAGGGUUGUUAGCCGGUGUCUCAUCAUGUUUUGCGUUCAUGCCUGCCGCCGCCUUUGGAUCAGAAUCCAGCCUAGCCGACUGGGAGAAAUCUGCAAAUCUUUCUUCUAUCACAGAGCUCGACGCUUUAGACCCGUCAGUUCGUCGCGGGAUGGAGAAGCAAUAUGAGAUCCUUCACGGGUGGUUGAAGGACCCGAAUCAAGUGUUUUCCCAAAUCCUUACUGUUAAUGGACAUUACCCAGUAGCAGGCGUGACCCCAGAUCCCAUGAAACGGUACACGACGCUUCUCGUUUCUUACAUGCAUCCAUUUACCCGUGGUCGAGUUCAUAUCAACUCCACUGACCCCAAAGCGCACCCUGACCUCGACCCGAAGUAUCUCGCUAAUCCAGCUGACGUUGGUGUUCUUGCCAGCAUGAUCUCAUUUAUGCGACGUCUGUACAAAACCGGCCCUGUCGCCGAGUCUAUUCAGUCCGUCACGGUCCCGCCCUUCGAGGAGGACGCUCCUGUAGAGGUGGUCAAUAAAUUUAUCGCUGAUACUCUGGCUACAGUACAUCACCCCGUGGGCACGGCGUCGAUGCUGCCUAAGGAACUUGGAGGUGUUGUAGACAGCCGGCUUCGUGUGUAUGGCUCGGAAAAUUUGAGAGUGGUAAGAAUCCAGUCUCUCACUGAUGAAUUGUCUUGCAACAUACAAAGUGUCGCUUACGCGAUUGGAGAAAAAGUAUGUAGCAUAUAUCCUCUAUCAUCACCUGUUCAACUUUUUUUUUUCUGUUAG